AUGGAGCUCACGAGCAUCUCCCUCUGCGCACCCUCUCCGUGCGUCCCUGCUCCCUCGUCACCAGGUGCACGCGCGCAGCUUCCUGCGCACCGGGAUGGCCCUCCAGCCCCAGCUCGCCCCUGCCCUCAGCCAUGGCGCCUGGCCACCGCCGCCCCUGCUUUCCAUGGCGGCACUUCCUGCUUCCUACUGGUGGUUGUCUCCAUCCCCUCCAUGUCGCCCCAGCUCGCCCAGCCCCCUCUCUGCUGGUUGCCGGUCACCUCUGCUACUUCCAUUGUGUGGCACUUAGGGUAUUUAAGAUGGAGUGGAAUAUUGCAGCACAUCACACACCAGGUGUUCGGUGAAAGGUCCAAACCAAAAGUCGUCGUCGUUUCAGAAUAUAUCGAGUCGAUUCGAUUUGGAUUGCUGCAUCAGUUCAUUGGAGAAAUAUGGUGUUGGUUCUUGUGGUCUGACUUUUAUGGAACAAUUGAUGUCCAUCUUGACUGUGAGUCAAAGAUAGCUAAAUUUUUGGGGACUCCAGACUCCAUUCUUUAUUCAUAUAGGAUUUCUACAAUAUUCAGUGUGAUACCUGCCUUCUGUAAGAAAGGAGAUAUCAUAGUCACUGAUGAGGGUGUUCACUGGGCAGUGCAAAAUGGUCUCCAUCUAUCAAGAAGCAAUGUGGUGUACUUCAAGCACAUUGAUAUGGCUUCACUUGCAAGCACUUUGGAAAAACUUACUCGUGGAAAUAAACGUGCUGAAAAGAUUAGGCGCUACAUUGUUGUAGAAUCCAUUUACCAGAAUUCUGGCCAAAUUGCCCCCUUGGAUGAGAUUGUCAGGUUGAAGGAGAAAUAUCGAUUCCGUGUUAUUCUGGAGGAGAGUCAUUCUUUUGGGGUGCUUGGCAAGUCUGGGCGUGGUCUUGCUGAACAUUAUGGAGUUUCUCUCCCAAACAAGGCCUAACUGUUUGGUGAAAUGCUUGGGACAAAGUAGCCAGCAAGAAUGGAGUCAUGGAACAUUGGCAGGAGGGUUGCGGCAGCGACAACUGAUGUAUCCCUUAGACAAUCUGGUUUUGACAUGAUGCAAAUAAAUCUGAUGUACACUGUAUUCCGCACUUGCACAGAUUGUUUGGUUAAUUACAAGAUUAUCUCAGUGUUUUGGUUUGAAUUUAGAGUACACUUAUGUAUGAAAUAUUGAUUGGUACUCAUCUAUAUUAUAUUAAUUA